UCGGAUCCUUCGGCGGGACGGGAGACGGAACGAUGGCCGCGGCUGCUGCUCUGAUCGCGGCGCUGCUCGGGCUGCUGCCCGCCCGGACGAGUACCGGCGCCUCCGGAGGGAGAAGCCAACCCGGAACGGCCCAGAAGUUUCUGGAGAAAUAUGGCUAUUUUGAGUCUGUGCAUCAAGUCCCGGACUUAGCAGGAUUCCCCGAUGCCAUAAAGGAAUUUCAAUGGAUUUCUCACCUGCCCCUCAGUGGCGCCCUGGAUGCCAUCACUCUCCAUCACAUGAGUCUCCCUCGCUGUGGUGUCAAGGAUGCAGAGAGCCACACGGCAUGGAAGAAGCGCAUGGAUGCCCUGUUCUCAAGAGGGAAAGCCAGGAAGAGUCGCAGGAAACGAUACUGGCAUCAGAGUGGCAAGUGGUAUAAACGACACUUGACUUACCGGCUAAUCAACUGGCCUUGGUACCUGCCAGAGCAGCAGGUCCAUCAGGCAGUGAAAGCAGCUUUUGAGCUCUGGAGCAACGUCUCUUCCUUGGUUUUUUGGGAAGUAGCAGAAGAGCCUGCAGAUAUUCGCCUGACGUUCUUCUAUGGGGAUCACAAUGAUGGAGUUGAGAAUGCCUUUGAUGGUCCAGGGGGUGCUCUGGCACAUGCCUUCUUCCCACGCCGUGGCGAGGCCCAUUUUGACAAUGACGAGAGAUGGUCCCUGGAUGGUGGGAAAGGCCGUAACCUCUUUGUGGUGAUGGCACAUGAAAUUGGACAUACGCUGGGACUGGAACACUCCCCCGUGUCUAAUGCUCUUAUGUCCCCCUACUACAAGAAGCUGGGCAAGGGAUUUGUCUUGAACUGGGAUGAUGUUCUUGCCAUUCAGAAUUUAUAUGGAAAACCAUCCCGAGGCCCAAUAGUCCAGCUUCCAGGAAAAUCAUUUGCUCGUUUCCAGAAUGGGAAGCAGUACCUUGAAAACAGAGAGCAGAAUCAAGAGACAAAUUUCAAGUUCCAUUACUGCAUGUCAUUUUUUGAUGCCUUAACUGUAGAUAUGGAAGACAAUCUGUACAUCUUUAAAGACAAGUAUUACUGGAUGGUAUCCAAAGGUGAAUCCGCUGCUGGUCCAUACCUCCUCCAAGCCAAAUGGCCAGGUCUUCCUUCUGCCAUUGAUGCUACAGCCUUCUCCGAGAAGGACAGGAAAUUCUACUUUUUUAAAGGUGGCCGAUGCUGGCGCUACAAAGGAUCUUCCCUUGAAGUUGGUUUUCCCCAAAAGUGCAGCCUUACGGGUGAUCUCCCGCGCCAUCCUGACACUGCCUUGUUCUUCCAGCCACUCCAUCAGCUGGUGCUUUUCAAAGGACCUAAAUAUUAUGUAGUCAAUGAGGAGACCCUCCAAGUGGAACCUUAUUAUCCCCGAAGCUUGAAAGACUGGGGAGGGGUUCCAGCUCUCGCAAAUGGUGCCGUGACACAUCAGGAUGGCUUUGUCUACUUCUUUCGAAAUGACCAAUUUUGGAAAUUCAACCCAGAGAAGUUAGAAGUGGUAGAAACUGGAAAAUGGGCUGUUCAGCUGAGGUGGCUGGGCUGUCAGGAUGUCAAUCUAAAUCAAGCUGGGACCUGAUAUUUCUGUUUAUCUCUGGAUUUGUCACACGUUGUUCCAGUAAAAUCUCCAGAAGGCGAGAACUUCGUGUUCUAACCGAGGCUUCCCAAGAGCACAAAGCAAAUUCCUUGUCCCAAUGAAAACCCCUUUUAUUAAUUUU